AUGCUCACCCGUUUUGGCCGCACAUGCAUCCCGAAGGGCGCCAACAUGCAGCGCCGCUUCUUCAACAUCCACGAGUUCCAGUCCAAGGCAAUCCUGAAGGAGGGUGGCUGCAAGACGGAGUUCGGCAUCGCGUGCCGUACCAUCGAUGAGGUCGAGGCCGCGCUCGGCAAGAUCAAGACGGAUCGUAAGGUCGUCAAGUCACAGAUUCUCGCCGGCGGCCGCGGUAUGGGCACCUUCAAGGAUGGCUUCAAGGGCGGCGUGCAUGUGUGCAAGGACGCCAACGAGGCGCUGGCGUGCGCGAAGAAGAUGCUGAACAACACCCUCGUGACGAAGCAGACGGGCCCCAAUGGCCAGACGGUCGGCAUGCUGUACGUCACGGAGGCGGUGACGGGCAUCAAGCGUGAGCUCUACCUCGCGCUGCUGCUCGACCGCAAGACGGCCUCGCCGAUGUUCAUUGGCAGCGCCGAGGGAGGCAUGGGCAUCGAGGAGCUCGCCAAGACGUCCCCGGAGAAGAUCAAGCGCAUGCGCAUCAACGUGCAGGAGGGCAUCAACCACGAGAACUGCAUCGCCUUCGCACACGAGCUCGGCUUCACUGGCCGCGCUGCCGAGAACGCCGCGGAGCAGGUGAAGGCACUCUACAACAUCGGCAAGUCCAAGGACUGCACACAGGUGGAGAUCAACCCGCUGGUGGAGCUGGAGAACGGCGACGUGAUGUGCAUCGACGCGAAGCUCUCCUUUGACGACAACGCGGAGUUCCGCCAGAAGGACAUCUUCGCCCUCGCCGACAGCACGCAGAUCGACCACAAGGAGGUGCUCGCGAAGAAGCACGACCUCAACUACAUCGCCCUUGACGGCAACGUCGGCUGCCUUGUGAACGGCGCUGGUCUCGCGAUGGCAACGAUGGACCUCAUCUCGCUCGGCGGCAGCAAGCCGGCGAACUUCCUCGACGUCGGCGGCAGCGCUACGAAGGAGCAGAUCAUCGCCGCCUUCCAGAUCAUCACUGGCGACGAGCGCGUGCGCAGCAUCCUCGUCAACAUCUUCGGCGGUAUCAUGCGCUGCGACGUCAUUGCGGAGGGCAUCGUCGCGGCGUCGAAGCAGCUGGAGGGCCGCAACGUGCCGGUCGUGGUGCGGCUGAGCGGCAGCAAAGAGGAGGAGGGCAAGCGCAUCCUGAAGGAGAGCGGCCUCCCGCUCCACCCCGCGCGCGACUUCGAGGAGGCCGCGAAGCUCGCCUGCGAGCUCGCGACGCCUGCGUAA